AAGAACUUUGACAUGAAAUAAAACUGUUUGGUUAUUGGGUUCAGUGUGAACGAUGCCUGUUACUGGCUGUCACUGAUUAUCUGGAACGACAAAGCUAAAACUGCUCCGAAAUAAAAAUGCAAAAAAGUCAGCAGGAUAAUGUCACCAAUCCGGAGAUGACCUAUGUUUACUCUGUGCAAAACCCUGCCUACCCCCCAGCACCCUACAAUCAGAAUCCUCCUGGCUAUAUGCCAAACCCACCACCAUACAGUGAACAGAACCCACCACUGAUGGGUGGGCCAGCAUACAACGUCUACCCUCCUAAUCCUCCUGACCACCCUCAUGAGGCUUUCCUCGGGAACAAGCCCGAUGUAGAAGUACCUCCUGAGUACACUAUUGGUCUCCAGGAUAGCAGCCCAUUCUCUGAGCGUGCCAUCAGAAGAGCUUUUAUCCGGAAAGUCUACAUUACGUUGACCAUACAGUUAGUUCCCACAUUUGGAAUCGUGUUUAUGUUCACAUUCUGGAAAACCCUCAGAAAUUGGGUGAACGAAUAUCCAUAUAUAUUGUACGCCCUCAUACCCUGCACCUUUAUCUUGGUUAUGAUCCUGGCCUGCUGUAACCAAGCCCGUCGCAAAGUGCCGCUAAACUACAUUCUCCUUGGACUGUUUACAAUAUUUGAAGGAUGUCUCCUGGGAACUUUUGCAGCGUUUUUUGACGCUGAUGCUGUGAUGUGGGCUACAGGAGCCACCAUAGUUGUCUCAUUGGGUCUCACCCUGUUUGCACUACAGACAAAGUGGGAUUUUACUGUCCUGUCUGGAGGUCUGAUGGUUGCUCUGUUGGUAUUAUUGUCUUUUGGGUUACUGGCUGCCAUCUUCAGAUCAAAUUGGCUGAGCAUUGUCUAUGCAUGCAUUGGGACGUUUGUAUUUGGGAUGUACCUGGUUUUUGAUACUCAAUUGAUUCUUGGAGGGAAACAUCGUUACACAGUGAGCCCAGAGGAAUACAUCUUUGCCACCCUCAACAUUUAUGUGGACAUUAUAAACCUCUUCCUGCUGCUUCUGACAAUUUUUGGGUUAUGUCGUUAAGAGAUUUUCGACAGGGCUGCUAUUAGUCAGAAAAUAUCUGGACAAGGCAGAAGAAGGACUAUUGGUGGAGCCCAUUACUGUACCUUAAACAAUGGCAUUCAACGUAUCAGACUUGUCCAACUACUAAAGCCGUGUGCAACUAUUUUCUACAUGCAGUAGUGGUGACAAUAUGCCCCAGGCACAUUUUUAUCACUAGUUGUUUUUUCAGAUUUUUAAAGAUAACCUGUUAGGCUAAAUAUGUGACUAGCUUUAGAUGGAAUUUUCCAUCUUCUGACUUUUAAGCUGCAUUCUAUUUCUUUGGAACUGACCUCGGUGUAAUUCUGAACAGAGGCUUCAUUAUCUCAAAACACAGAGUUGGAGUUUCAUGGGAGAUUUCAUUGAAGGCUAAUCACACAGGCAUAUAGCUAGAUUCCUUUUUAAAUUAUUUAUUUUUUUAUAGUAAGAUUUUACCUGAAUUUAUCAUAUGUUGUGAAAAUAACUGUACUAACAAACAUGAAAUUAAAUAAUUUUCCACCUUGCA